ACAUAAAUUCGUAAGAUGAGUGAUCCUAAGGCGCGCCGACCAGAACUCAAUGGCAAAAAUUCCUACCAAACUCAUCCCUCUUUUGACACCUACCACAUCACUGUGCGCUGCAUCGCACCAAUCCCAACACCAAAAGCAGCAGCGUCUUUCUGGCGACGUCCCUCAAACACUCCGAUGGAUUCUCCCCAAAACGUUUUGCUUGCUUCUGAUGGCCUGCAAGUGGGAGUUGACGGCGUGAGGAGGAGUUCGACCGUCAUUUGUGCUCCGAUAAUGGCGGAAUCCGUGGAUAAAAUGGUGAUUGAUAUGGGCAAGGCCAAAGCCCUUGGUGCUGACCUUGUGGAGGUUAGGUUGGAUCAUUUAAAAGACUUCAAUUGCAAUGAAGAUCUCAAGAUCCUUAUUAAAGAAUCCCCUUUGCCAACACUUAUCACGUAUAGACCAAAGUGGGAAGGUGGUCAGUAUGAUGGUGAUGAAAAAUAUCGACUGGAUGCACUUCGAUUAGCAAUGGAGCUCGGAGCUGAUUUCAUUGAUGUUGAGCUUCAGGUUGCUCAUGAAUUCAUUGACUCCAUAUAUGGGAAGAAGCCUGAAAAGUUUAAAGUUAUUGUCUCUUCUCACAACUAUCAAGAAACUCCAUCGGUUGAGGCUCUUGGAAAUCUUGUUGCAAAAAUACAAGCCACUGGAGCUGACAUAGUUAAGAUUGCAACCAGUGCUUUGGAUAUCACGGAUGUAGCACGCAUUUUUCACGUAACUGUGCAUUCUCAAGUCCCGACGAUAGGACUUGUAAUGGGUGAGAAGGGGUUGAUUUCAUGGAUCCUUUGCGCAAAAUUUGGUGGUUUUCUUACUUUUGGUUCGCUUGACUCAGGAAUUGUUUCAGCUCCUGGUCAACCAACUAUCAAGAAUAUUUUACAUCUAUACAAUUUUAGGCAAAUAGGGCCUGACACAAAAGUGUUUGGCAUUAUUGGGAAGCCUGUCAGCCACAGCAAAUCACCUAUGUUGUACAACGAAGCAUUCAAGUCAGUAUGUUUCAAUGGAGUUUAUGUACAUUUGUUGGUAGAUGACAUUGCAAAGUUUCUCCAUACUUACUCUUCAAAGGAUUUUGCUGGUUUCAGCGUUACAAUUCCGCACAAGGAAGCUGCACUUGAGUGUUGUGAUGAAGUUGAUCCAGUUGCAAAGGCCAUAGGAGCUAUUAAUUGUAUCAUACGGAGGCCAACUGAUGGGAAGUUAUUUGGAUUCAAUACGGACUAUGUAGGGGCUAUCUCAGCUAUUGAAGACGGACUGAAAGGUUCACAUAAUAGUGGCAGUUUAACUGGUUCACCUUUAGCUGGUAGGCUGUUUGUUGUUAUUGGUGCUGGAGGUGCUGGAAAGGCACUUGCUUAUGGUGCAAAACAGAAGGGCGCAAGGAUUGCAAUUGCCAAUCGCACUUAUGAUCGAGCCAGAGAACUUGCAGACACAAUUGGAGGGGAUGCUUUGUCUCUUGCUGAUUUAGAUAAUUUCCACCCAGAGGAUGGCAUGAUUCUUGCAAAUACAACAUCUAUUGGCAUGCAACCAAAAGUUGAUGAGACACCAAUUUCUAAGCAUGCUCUGAGAUCUUACUCGUUGGUUUUUGAUGCCGUCUACACCCCCAAAAUGACCCGACUCUUGAAAGAAGCAAAAGAGUCCGGGGCCAUAGUUGUUAGUGGGUUGGAGAUGUUCAUUGGACAGGCAUAUGAACAGUUUGAGAGGUUCACUGGGUUGCCUGCCCCAAAGGAACUCUUUCGGAGAGUAAUGGAUGGUAGCUCUUGAGUGUUCGUACCGGAGCAUUUCUGGUUUCAUGCAACGGUGACGGUUGCUUUCUGCAUUCUCUAUGUUGUACCCAACAUCUCCACCAGGCAUAAGGAAAGGAAGGCGCCAUGUCAGUUCGUUUAUGGAUCUUUCUUCUGGUCGACGUUCAUGGAUCUUUCAAUUUCAGUUCAAGAGAGUAAGCACAUUGCAUACAGAACAUCCUUUGUUGUUCGUUGUCCUAGUUUAAGCCAUGCUGUCUUCUCACAUGACGAGCUGGAUUGCAUCCGAAAGAAUGUAAACCAGGUUCAGGUUGGGGGAGAUUCUACUGCAAUUAGUUAAAGCAAACACUCAAAAUGCACUUACUGCGAGGUAGAAAUUGUUUUUUAUGGAGAAACACAAUUAUUACCCGUUUUUGUUCGCGGCUUAAAUUGUGGGAUUUCUUCAGUGCCUCAAAGUAUAAGAUACUAUCGAGUGUUUUAGCUGUUAAA